CUUUUAUAUGUGGUGGCAGCACCAUCCCAGUUUUACUUCAAGGGUUAAUUUGUGUUGCACGACACGUAUUUUAUCCAUGAACUGCGUAAAUCGUAUUUUCUAUCACAAAUUGUUCGAAACUACACCAUUAAAAGAUCAUUCGCUGUAUUGUUAAACACAUAUCUGGAAUGAAAAUGAAGAUUCCAAACAAUCGUUCGGGGAACGAUUAUGGGAAUGAAACAGGGAUUAUUUCCUAUAUGGAUAAUAGUUUUGAAUCUGAAAUCGAUGUACAAGGAACGGAAGAAAGCGAUUUUUCUGAAUAUCUUUGGAUGGAAAAUGAGGAAGAAUUUGAUAAAGAGGUGAUCCAACAAUUAAUGGAAGAGGAGUUGACAGAGGAAUGUUUAAAAGCAAUGUGGGAAGAUGAAAGACAACAUGAACGAAAUACAAAUUCUAUUGCUUGGUCCACAGCUACGAGCAUGCCUGAGAAUGGUGCGGAACUUUGUCAGCAACUUAACAAUCUAAAAAUGCAUGAUGACCUUGCUAAGCAGAGUACAUUGAAUCCAAAUGCAGCUGAAUUUGUUCCAGCAUUCAAAUCAGCAGUAACAUCUGUAAGUACACCACCAGAAGUUACUGCAGAAUCAUCAUAGAAGCCAUAUAUUCAUUUGUUUAACUGAAUAAAACAUAGGCUAUAUAUAUGGCUAAUGUUUACCAAUUUCAGUAACACAGUUGUAUUAACUGAAUUGCAUUAAAAGUUAAAUGACUGUCCCUACACGUACAAAGGUAUAAUGAUCAUCAAAGCAGAUAAUACAUAAUGCUGUUAUAUGAUAUUUACGAGUAAUGAAGUCAGUUGCAUAACCAUAAAUUGAAAAAUAUAUAUUCAAAUUUUUAUAGUCGUGAGAUAUUGCAUAAUAUUAUAAACAUUUAAUUUUACAUAUAUAUUUUUCGGCGAUAUACUGAACAACGUGAUAUGCCAAAAUCACUUGUUAUGGAAAUUUCCAAUUUAUUGUUUUUAUUUUUAACUGAAGAAAAAUAUAUUCACAUGUGAUCUAUAUAAUUUAUACAUUUGGUUGGAAGAAAAGAAUACAUAUACGAAGUUUCAUAAGUUAUAUGUAUACACAUUCAACAAUGAAUUGUUGCAUCCAAGUGAACACUACCUUUUUUUUUUUAAUACUUUCAGAAUACUCCUUUUAUUCUGAUCUGAGAGUUUUUAUAUACUAUAGUAUGCGUUUCUGAAUGAAACACUUUUCUAAGAGUUCCUUUUGUAACACUUAUUUUAUACUGGUAUACAUCUUCUGUAAUCAUUAACACGAAUUAAGAAUAUCUACUGAAGUCGUUAAGACUGAUGUAAGUAAAAUGUUGCAUUAAAAAUUGUAUUGCAUCCAAUACAUAUUUCGUUGAUAAAAUAAUACUUAACGCAUCUAAUUAUACGAGAACAAUUUUAAUCUUUA